UAGAAAAACUAUCGCACUCAAAGCGAACUGUCAGUAGGCAGGCACAGAGAACAGCAGGUCUUAACGUCCCUGACUACCAGCAAACUCCCGUGCCAAGAACGAUUCCUGGAUUCGAAAACUGAGUCGAAAAAGUAAAGAGAAGAUUUACUAUUUUAAUACACAUUUUAUGAAUCUGUUUUAUCGUUUUGGAAGAGAGAAUUAUCACUUUGAAACACAGGAGAGGAAUUGGAUAGUAGGUUCACGUUUGCAGUCCCAACCAAGCAAGAUAGUCUUUCCCUCUCCUCAGCACACCCCUCUUUAGCCAUGGCUUCGACAACCUGUACCAGAUUUACCGACGAGUAUAAUCUCUACGAAGAACUGGGAAAGGGAGCUUUCUCCAUAGUGAAAAGAUGCAUGAGGAUCUCCAAUGGGCAGGAGUACGCCGCCAAAAUCAUCAACACUAAGAAGUUGUCUGCACGGGAUCACCAGAAGCUGGAGCGAGAGGCCAGGAUUUGUCGUCUGCUCAAGCACCCUAAUAUUGUGAGGCUCCAUGACAGCAUAUCAGAGGAGGGCUUCCACUACCUGGUCUUUGACUUGGUGACUGGUGGAGAGCUCUUUGAGGACAUCGUAGCCAGGGAGUAUUACAGCGAAGCAGACGCCAGUCAUUGCAUUCAGCAGAUCCUAGAGGCUGUGCUCCAUUGCCACCAGAUGGGUGUUGUCCACCGCGACCUGAAGCCUGAGAAUCUGCUGCUAGCCAGUAAGCUGAAGGGAGCAGCAGUCAAGCUGGCGGACUUUGGCCUGGCCAUCGAGGUGCAGGGGGACCAGCAGGCGUGGUUCGGUUUUGCGGGAACCCCAGGCUACCUGUCCCCCGAGGUCCUCAGGAAAGAUCCCUAUGGAAAACCUGUGGAUAUGUGGGCUUGCGGUGUGAUCCUCUACAUCCUGCUGGUGGGAUACCCUCCAUUCUGGGAUGAAGAUCAGCACCGCCUCUACCAGCAGAUCAAGGCCGGGGCUUAUGACUUUCCCUCCCCUGAAUGGGACACGGUGACGCCAGAGGCCAAAGACCUCAUCAACAAGAUGCUGACCAUCAACCCUGUCAAGAGAGUCACCGCUACAGAUGCACUGAAACACCCCUGGAUCUUCCAACGUUCCACUGUGGCGUCCAUGAUGCAUCGACAGGAGACCGUGGAGUGUCUGAGGAAGUUCAACGCCCGGAGGAAACUCAAGGGUGCCAUCCUCACCACCAUGCUGGCCACGCGCAACUUCUCCGCAGCCAAGAGCUUGAUUAACAAGAAAGCUGAUGGUGUUAAGAAACGGAAGUCCGACACAGAGCCAGCGCCAUUACUGCUGAUCAACAACAAGGCCAAUGUGGUCACCAGCCCUAAAGAGCCCCCCACUCUGGAGCCUCAAACCACUGUUAUCCACAACCCAACUGAGGGGAACAAGGAGUCCAGCGAGAGUGCUAACACCACAAUCGAGGACGAGGAGGUGAAAGCUCGUAAACAGGAGAUCAUCAAAGUGACUGAGCAGCUGAUUGAGGCGAUCAACAACGGAGACUUUGAAGCGUACACGAAGAUCUGUGACCCCGGCCUGACAUCUUUUGAGCCGGAGGCCCUGGGAAACCUGGUCGAGGGAACCGACUUCCACAGGUUUUACUUUGAGAAUGCUCUGUCCAGGGGCAAGCAGAGCCCGGUCCACACCAUCCUGCUCAACCCACACGUGCACCUGAUUGGCGAGGACGCCGCGUGCAUAGCCUACAUCCGCCUGACCCAAUACAUGGACGCCGGCGGCAUGCCACGCACCACGCAGUCUGAGGAGACCCGGAUCUGGCACCGACGCGACGCCAAGUGGCAGAACAUCCACUUCCACCGCUCCGGCUCGCCCACUCUGCCCGCCAAGUAAGGCCAGUACAGUUGAGGUGACCCGCUAACCGGCAGCAUACCGCUGAACCACCAACCCCUACCCACCAAGUGUCUGUCACAUCCUCGUCCAAUCCCGGGCCCUGCAUUAUAGCUCCACCCUCUCAGAGUGUUGUUUACAGAUCGUCGCUGCUGGACUAAAGAUUCUUCUUUCGAAUUAUACAAAUAAAUCUAGCAAAAUAAAUCUUACCUUCAAUAUGUUAGCAAGAAAAUUGGGUUUUAUCGCGCUGUUCUGUCUCGUUUUUCUGUUGCAUUGCAGGACACGAAUAACUAAACGUUUCUUUUAUAUUCCAACGAUUUCCUCUUUUAACAUGUUAUUUUGAAUUGCCAUGAGAACUUGUCUGCCAGAUAUGUUGACAAUAUGUGAAUUUCGUUGAUUUGUUCGCUCAUCAUAUUGGAGAGAUUUUCAGUCUUAAAUAAUACAUGGUAAUGCAUAUCUGUUUCAAUAUUAUCAGUGUGAGGUACUUGUGGUGAACUGACAACCUCAUCAAUGCAUUCUACUAUUACACAAACCCCAAUGACGAAAGCUAUAACAGUUUAGCCUUAAAGGGGAUAGCGACCAACAUAUCACAGUCUGUUCAUUUUUAAAUGUCAGUUUUUGUGCAGAGAUCGCUAUAGAAAUCUUUAAGAAUAAGUGGACAACAAACAUGAGCUUGCUUUUGUUUUGGUGAUGUAUAGGCUUGUGAUUGAUGUGAAUCGCUAUAUCUUUGCUUAACAUCUGGAGUAUUAAAGUGUAUAAACAUGAGCUUAGUUUACAAUCUAUUAUACUUUUUUCUAAUUAUUGGUUAAAUAUUAGGUAUGCUUACCGGGAGAUUCACCUGAAAAUUUGUUUUUGAGUGAGAAACGGUGAACUAUGUUUUGCUAUUAUGUGUAUUCAACACAUUGCGUGAGGAAAGUGAGAAUUCUCAAUGACAGAAUGUAAACAACAGGUAAUGUUACACAUUACACAGCCACACAUUGUAUGACAUAUGGAACACUGUUUUAAAGUCAAAUCAGGAUAUUUUCAUAAGGAUGAUAAUUGUGAAUUUUAUUUGUCUUUUUUUUUUAUAUGUAAGUUUUCCUUGAAUAAUUGUUCAUUUAUGUCAGUCCUUGCACAUCUGUGGAACUAUUCACUCUGUCGUGUGUAGCUAUUGACCCACAAUUCCUUCACCGUGCCAAGAACCCCUUUCACCACUGACACGCCCCUGUAUGUUAGUUCUGCUUGACAAGUUGCGUCACACAAUGUUUUAUACUAAGGGGAAGGGAGAAGUCAUGGAAUCGCAUUUGUUCUGGUCAGGGUUUUUGCGUUUGGUAGAUAUUUUCAUUAAUCACAGUGUUCAGGUUUGUUAACGGUUACCAUGUUUCCCCCACCUGUGAUUGGUCCAACAGGGAUAGGAGACAUUGUCACAAUUUGUUUUUUUUUGGGGGGGGUUCAAAAGUUGAGCUGCACCAUGAGACAGUGUAUAUAGUUUCCAUGAUGGGAAAGGAUUGCUACAGUAUAUGUUUUAAGAAAUAUCAAAUAAAAUGUGUGAUUUCUGCCAUACGUGUUAUUUACAUGCCACUUUUCCCAUAGCUUAAUGUUGGUGUGCUGUAAUUGUACCUCUAAAUGGCUAAACGGUAUUUAUUGAAGCUUGAUUAGUAAGAAUGACAACCACACCAUACACAUUUGACAGGUACAAUUUUAUUUUCGGCCAUGUACACACUGAGGCUGUUAUGCCAUGUUAGCGAUUUUUUUUUUUUUCUUCCUCUUUUUAUCAAUUUAAUUACUAAUGCAUGCCCUCAUAGAUAUUUAUAUAUAUGUAUUAUAUUAUCACAAUGGAAACAAGAUGCAGAUUCCUCAGGUCAAAUGUACAUUUUUGUGACAGUUAUUUUGUCUCACUUGACUAAUUUCACACAUUAAAUUGGUGAGGAACCAUAAUGUGA